AUUACAUUCUGCAUGUGAAUAUGACAUGUGAAAAUAAAAUUUUUUUCUAUUGUUUGUAUCUUCAUGAAAGAUACUGUCAACGAUUUUCUUCAACAAUUUUUCAAUUACUUUUGUGAGUAAAUGAAUUUCAAUGCACAGGAGGAAAUUCAGUUUCAGUAAUUGCAGUGAGUACUUGGAAACUUAUGAAUAAUGGAUUGAUUGAUGUUGCAAAUUUCAUCAAGUCCUUGACUCCCAAAUUUUUUGAUCAUUGGAAUCGAUGAGAAUAUGACAUGUGUAGAGGGCAUAUGGAGCAAGAGUAAACCUUCAUGUUCAAGAAUACAACCUUGAUGAAUGUUAAUAUUUUCCUUUUUAAGGUUUACAAUAACUAAUUGAGCUAGUUAGUUGCUGCAGCAAGCAUCGCACAUAAGCAACUGAAGUGGUCGGCAAGUUUGUCAGUCAUAAAGUUGGUCUUGUAAUAUGUUCCCCAAGCGGGUAGUGAGUGUUAACAAGGAGAAGGAGCUCCUGAUAGUGGUGGAAGUAUCAGAAGUGAAGAGAGGAGGACCUUACGCAAUGGUGGUUGAGAGUAUUGACAAGAAAUCCAGAAACUUCCAUUGAUUUACAAUCAAGAGAAGAAAUAAUUAUUCAAACUGACACUCUGCUGUAACAGUUAUUGCCUUCUUAUCUGCUCUCAAUUGACAAUUAAUUUUUUAUGUUAAUGAAAAUGAUUAAAUAUGGUUAAAGAAAAACCAUAAAACAAUUAUAAUAAUUGAUGUAGCAAUGAAGGAAAAGAAUUUGGAAAUAUGCUCAAUGAUAUAUUGCCACCAAAGACCAUUAAUUACCAAAAUUAGAAAGAAAGCACAAUUUGAUGUACUUGAUACCAAUAAAUUUUCUCCAACAUGACAUCGAUCGAAGUUACUUUGCAAGGAAUGUGGAAAGGCUUUGAAGGACUUUCGGUUUACUACAUGACCAUUGCUAUAACCCACCGGGAGUGGUGCUAUACUUCAAGAAGCAGCAGACGCAAAAACAUUCACGCAAGGAAAAAGAAUUGAGGUAGAAGGAAAAUAAUGCACUAAGUAAAACAGUGGUUAAAAGAGAUGAUAAAAUUUAUGAAAAAUACUUAUCAUUAUUAGUGGAAUAUUUCGACGAUGAUACAAUAAAGAAGUCAAUACAUAUAUAUUUUCUUCUCGAUUGUUCAAUUUAUAAUGGAAAUAUUGCAUCUUUAUCAGAAUACUUUUAUUCAUCAUUAAUACGAUACUUAUAAUCAAAUAACCAUGGAAGAGAAGUCAAGAUAAAAGUAAGAAUUGUUAGAAAGGCAAAAUAGAAUCAAAGAACAUCAAUGCCUUUAUAGAAAAGUUAAAUAAUAAAUAGAUGGAAUGAAAUGACCUUUUGAAACAUUUAAUAACUAGGAAUCUUCAAAUGCUCAAUAUUUGUAUUUGUGCAUAAAUAUUGAAUUUUAUAAAUAAAAUUUUUUACAUUGCCAUUAUCGACGUCACUGACUCUUCAGAAAAGAUAGAAGGUUCAAGAAUAUCUGGAAGUAAAUGGAAACUAACCAUUAGAAAACAAGGAAUCAUAACAGCCAAACCUUAUGAUUGUGCGUCUCAUAUUUGAGUCAACUAUUGCUGUAAAAAAGGCAAACUUCAUCUAAAAAUUGUGAAAAAAUAUCCACCACAGAAGUGAGAAGUUUUAUCUAUCUGAAACCGCAAUAAGCUGGUUGCCGAUGCAGUUUACUAGUCUUCUAUUAUCAUCUGAAGCUUCUGAGUCAGCUAAACUCGCAGUGCUGAUGUUUUACUCUGCGUACAUUAUCUAUCAAGUGUUAAUAUAACCACGAGAGAGAUAACAUUCCAAAGAGAAAGAGAUAAACGAACCUACAUCGUUCACGUGAACCAGAGGAGACUAAAAUCUACCACGCAUUCAGUACAAGUUUCGUGCGACCACGAAAUUGAUUUACUAAAUAAAUUCUUGAUCAUUGAUAACGAAGAGAUUGUAAUCUUCAUUAAGUUUAUACCUAUAGUAAUGAAAUUCUGUGAAAGGUUGAAGACUUAUGAGUGAGCAUUAAGUGCACGUGCACUACAAAUCGAUAUGAAUAUAAGAAAGAAUAAUAUCUUGAUGAUAAAUUUUAAGUUUAAGUGUACCGGAAAAGUCUUAAAUCAUUACUAAUACAUAAAUAGAGAUAUAAUUUUAUAAUUUCUUCGAUGCAAUCUUAUCACUAUUACAAAACUAUUUCUCUCCAGAAAACAUUCAGACCGUUCAUAGCUGAUAGUUGGUGAAUAAAACAAAAAGAAGUGGUGAAUAUAAUAAGCACCAGUGAAUAGAUGAGUGAAUAGGUUCUCGAGGGCAAGGUGCAGGGUGAGGUCAGUGGAAAUUGUGCCCUCGUUUGAGAUAAUAACUGAUUGAUGCUGCCUUUUAAGCAUCUCAGCAACAAUCUCGUCAGAGACUGGGUGACGAAGCUUUUAUAUACUUCUUCCGAUAAGGAACUUUGAAACAUGAAAAUGAACAGUGAAAAGUUGGAAAGUAUUCGUCGUAGAACUCAAGAAAAAUCAUUAGAAAUUAAUGAAGUGAAAGAAGACAUUAAAAAUUCUAGUAAUAACAGCUCUCUCAUGUCUACCAAAAAUUUACAUUCCGAUCAGAGACUACAUGAAGAAAAUAAAAAUUUUCUUGAUUAUAAAAAGAAUUCUAGCAAUGAAGAAAAGGUGGAAAAAAUAGAUAAAUACGAUAUUGGAGAUUCAAAAUAUAUUAUUACAAAAGAUUUUGUUAAUGACAAAAAGAAAUCAUCAAAAAGUGGCUGUUUGCCAGAAAAAAUGUUUCAAGUUAGAAAUUCAUUGUUGACUGAUUUAUUCAAUGAUAUAAAACAUGUAAAAACCAUUUAUAAUGUUUUCAUAGCCAUUCUCAUAAUACUGCUAGUUAACACAGCUGCUCAUGACCUUCUUGAUACCGGAUCUUUGAGUCUUGGUUUAACAACAAUACUCAAGGGUUUUGGAAAAUUCUCUCAUGUCAUUUUUAUUUGGCUAUCAAUGGUAGCCUCAUCAUUUUCAGUAUAUUAUGUUCAUAGAUUUUGGGCUUAUCGAAGAAAACAAUUAUCUCUAAAAUCUAAUUAUGUUAAAGUGUGGGAUUACACAUGGCUUAUUAUUUUUAUCAUUUAUCAAAUCACUUUCAUUGUUGUGCCAGCACAAGUUGUUAUAUAUUUCCAACUUCCACCUCCUUCUUCAUUUAUUAUCUUAAUGGAACAGGUGCGAUUAGUUAUGAAAAUCCAUGCAUUUGUUAGGAGUACUGUUCCAGUAAUUCUUUCAAAUAAACCUCAGAAAGAAAACAAGAAAUUUCAAUUUCCUAAAUUUUCAAUGUUUUCAUACUUUCUGUUUGCUCCAACGUUAAUUUAUCGUGAUAAUUAUCCUAGAACGAAGGAAAUCCGGUGGCGUUAUGUGGCAUCACAUUUUUUCGAAGUAAUUCUCGUAGUUUUUUACGUUGCCUUCAUGUUCGAACGUUUUGUACUUCCAGUUUAUAAAGAGUUUGGCCAAGAGCCAUUCAAUUUACGAGGAUUUAUAUUAAAUACUUUCUUCAACACUGCACUACCAGGAAUUAUCAUAUUCUUAUGUGGAUUUUACUGUCUACUGCAUGCAUGGAUGAAUGCAUUUGCUGAAUUGAUGCGCUUUGGUGAUAGAAUUUUCUAUAAGGACUGGUGGAAUUCUGGAUCUUAUGAUACAUUCUAUCGUACGUGGAAUGUAGUAGUUUACGAUUGGCUUUAUGCCUAUAUUUACAAAGACAUCUAUGAAAUCGUCGUCCCUGGGAAUAAAUUCUUCGCAUCGAUAUGUGUAUUUUUCAUCUCCGCUCUCUUUCAUGAAUAUAUUUUAUCGUAUGCUUUUGGAUUCUUUUAUCCAGUCAUGUUUACAAUGUUUGCUAUCUUCGGUUAUAUUUUGAUAUAUUUAAAUCGAAAUAAUGCUAGUAGAAUUGGUAAUAUUUUUAUGUGGUAUUCUUUAUGUACUGGUUCAGGAAUAAUGAUAAGCUUCUAUGCCAUGGAAUAUUUCGCACGAAUUAAUUGUCCGGGUCAUGAGAAUGAAUUGAUAGAUAUAUUUGUGCCAAGAAGUUGGUUUUGUUAUAAAGGAUUCGAUAAUCGAACUUUAGUAAAUAGUUUAUAAUUAAAUUAAAUUAAAAAAUUCCGAAAUUAUAUAAUAUUUUGUUAAAACAAAACAUCAAGAAAUAAGUUUAAAUACAAAAGUUUAUUUUUAAAACAAGUAAAUAUAUUUAUUAGCGAGCCUUUGAUAAAUAUAAUAGGUUGUAUCCAUUAACAUAAUACAACAGGAUUAUGCAUAUGUACAUGCAUACUCAAAGUGUAUGCAUACAUAUAUACACAUAUUGUAUACAUACGCGUAAAUCAUUCAAUCAUUCCUCAAUUUUCUAUACAAAUUGUUUUACUAUUACAUAUAACUUUACAUAUUAUAUUAUAGUAUCAAUAAUUCACACGUGUAUGAUACUAUUUUUACCUUUUUACAGCUAUUGACACAUAGCAGUUCAAUUUGUCUUUUUUAUUGGUGCCAAUCUAUUAGCUGCUAGUUAACUAGGCAAUACUCAAUAUUUUUUAUUCAAUUAUCAAUGCUUCAUUUUUUUUUGUACAUACUCUAGCAUUGGCAAGAAUCCACGAGUCUUUUUUAAUCAAAUAAAAUUAUUCUUUCCUCUCUA